AUGGCGACGCUGUCUGCUAUCGCGAGUCUGAACUCGACAUACACAGCGAAGUUACCCUCCGCCGCCUCCGCAAUCCCAGAACGCCGAAACCAAACUCUUCGAUUGUCCCCGAGACUAUCGGUGGCGACAACACAGAUAGCGACACAGCCGACUCAAUCCAAUACAAUCCAAGCCCGUCCGGGGCUGCUGUCCGCCAUUUUUGUGGGCCCGAGCUAUGACGGGCUGGCACGCGCGGUGUCGCCAACGGUGACCCAGGUGAGAUUCCGGCGCAUCCGUGGGCGGAACCCGCGCGAGCCUUUCUUCGAGAAGAAGGCCAUCCUCGAGGUGUGCAAGCCCAUCUUCGGCCGUGACGAGACCCCGUCCUGGGAGAGAUGCUCCCUGACCAAGAGGAUUGAGACACCCGAACCAUUCGUCCACCCUUACCAGCGGAUACUGGCGGAUAAGCUCCGCGCGGAGCUUCACGAGGCCGGCCUUAUCUGUUUCUUCCACGAGAACCCCAUUCUCAGGGACGACCGCAGAGACAUCCACAACAUGCUCUACAAAAAGGGCUUCUUUCUGAAGAACUACAGCAAUCGAGUGGUCCAGCUGGCCAUUGCGGGUACCAAGUUUGAGACUGCCAGACCCUUCACCAAGUCCUAUAACGCCUUGUUGCUCAGCGCUGAGCCAGACCUCAAGACCCUCUUCAGGCUUACUAAGAAGAUGCCCCAGUUCGUGCUCUUGGCCGGCAUAGCUCACGACCGUUUCCUGAGCAGGGACGACCUCCAGUGGCUGAGCACGGUACCCAACGUGGAGUACCUCCUGGGACAGACGUGCGGAAUACUGUCGUCGACGGCAAGCGGCCUCUACCGCCUCACAUCCCACCACCAGAACAGGCUGUCGCUGCUACUGGCGUCACACGCCAAGCAGCAGACGACGGCCGGCGAGACGAAGACGGAGGCUCCGGAGACGAAAACCGACCAGCCGUGACGUUAGGAGACGAACUGCGUGUUAGCGAGACUAGGAGAAUGACUGGUUUGCAUCUAUUAAACGUUGUGUUUGUAAAGCCGACAUUAAAAGGGCAUCUUUGUAUGUG